UCGCGAUGAUCCACUGAUUUAUCAUCUUAUCUUAGAAUAGAUAUACAAUCCGAAUGUUUUAACAUAAACAAUUAUCCAAAAUGUGUGGUAAGAAGAUAUUUAUCCACAGUGUUCCGCAAUAAUCUAAAAAAGAAGAAAACGUUGAAGCCUAUCAUCAAACUAAAACCCUGAUAUAUAACAGUCAAUUAUCUAUAAAAUAACUCAACAACUCCCCUAAUAUUAUGACAAAACCUUUGAUUUCAUUCUAUAUAUAUACUAGAUAGUUUUCCUCAAACAAAAUCAGUAAUAGAUAUGGCAAAAAAAAUCUUUCCCUUAACUAUCCUUUUGUCCUUGCUCUUGUCAUCAAUAUCUCUAACCCUAGCAACAGAUUAUCCACUCUCCACGAAGUCACGAUGGAUAGUCAACAAGAGUGGCCACCGUGUGAAGCUAGCUUGUGUGAACUGGCCUUCACACCUUAAGCCAGUAGUGGCCGAGGGGCUGAGCAGCCAGCCAAUGGAUUCAAUAUCAAAGAAAAUAAAAGAAAUGGGUUUCAAUUGUGUUAGGCUCACUUGGCCACUUGAGCUAAUGAUUAAUGACACUCUAGCCUUUAAUGUUACCGUUAAACAAUCAUUUGAGAGAUAUGGAUUGGAUCAUGAGCUUCAAGGGAUUUACACUCACAAUCCAUCCAUUGUCAAUACUCCUCUUAUCAAUGUAUUCCAGGCCGUGGUGUAUAGUCUGGGGAGAAACGAUGUGAUGGUGAUACUUGAUAACCAUAAGACCGUACCGGGUUGGUGUUGCAGCAACGAUGACCCGGACGCGUUCUUUGGCGACCCGAAAUUCAAUCCAGAUCUAUGGAUGUUGGGUCUUAAGAAGAUGGCCACAAUCUUUAUGGACGUGAAUAACGUUAUUGGUAUGAGCUUGAGGAAUGAACUUAGAGGUUACAAUCAUACUGCAAAAGAUUGGUACACGUACAUGCAAAGAGGAGCAGAAGCAGUGCAUGGAUCAAACCCUAACGUUCUGGUCAUACUCUCCGGGCUUGACUUCGACGCUGACCUAACUUUCUUAAAAGAUCGUCCAGUGAAUCUUAGCUUUAAAAAAAAACUUGUUUUGGAGCUUCAUUGGUAUGCUUUCACCAAUGGUACUGGUCAAUGGAAAUCACACAAUGUCAACGAUUUUUGCAGCCAAAUCUUCACUAAGGAGCAUCGUACUGGAGGUUUCCUUCUCGAUCAAGGCUUUCCUUUGUUCUUGAGCGAGUUCGGGACCGAUCAAAGAGGUGGUGAUUUUGAAGGAAAUAGGUACAUGAGUUGUAUGCUGGCAUGGGCGGCCGAGAAAGAUAUCGAUUGGGCGGUUUGGGCGCUUACCGGAGUUUAUUAUUUCCGUGAAGGCAAACGUGGUGUAGUUGAAGCUUACGGUAUGUUAGAUGCGAACUGGCACCAUGUUCAUAACCAUACUUAUCUCCAGAGACUCUCCGUCAUUCAACCACCACAUAAAGGACCCGGUAUAAAGCACAAUCAUCACAAGAAAAUAUUCCAUCCGUUAACCGGACUGUGUCUAGUGAGAAAAUCACCGUGCUAUGAGUCAGAACUCACGUUGGGUCCAUGCACAAAGGACGAGCCGUGGAGUUAUUCUCAUGGAGACAGACUUGAAAUCAAAGGAGGUCACAAAUCUUGUGUAGAAGGCGAAACAUCCGUUGGAAGUAGCGUUAAACUCGGCAAGAAGUGCACAAAGAUUAAGCGAAUAUCGGCCACAAAGAUGCAUUUGUCGUUCAAGAAUAACGAUGGUUUGUUGGUAUGCUUAGACGUGGAUUCGGAUAACAAUGUUGUUGCUAAUCAUUGCAAAUGUUUGACUGGAGAUAUUAGUUGCGAACCUGCAAGCCAAUGGUUUAAAAUCUUCUGAGGUAUGUUUAUUGAUUUUAGUUAUGAGAAUAAACAAAAGUGCAUAGAAUAAAUUACGAUUACUGGAUUGAUUGUGUUUCUUUUUUUUUGGGUUCGAGAAGACGA